AUGUCUCUUCAUCUGAUGGACUCAAAUAGAACAUCAGGUGAAACUGCUGAAUUACUACCAACAGAGGCUAAUACUGAGACAAGACUUUUAAAAAAGUUCAGAAUGGUAGAACCAGUUGUAACUGAUAUCUACCUAGCUAACUUUACCUCAGUAGACAACCAAAAUAUCUCUACAACACAGACACAAAGUGGGGAUUCUAGCUUAUCCUCAUCAAAAUGCAGUGUAAUACCAAAAAUAGAAGCCACAACAAUUAUGGGAGAAAAGGUAGAAAGGGAGAAUAAAUAUUCCCACAGUGAUUUUCAGCCGCAGGACCUGAUCACUCAGACACAACAGGACUCUCGAGAAAAAUUAUCAAUCAACGAAACUAAUCAGGAAAUGGAUUUACAGUCUAAUGCAACAAUAGAGUCACAGCCACCUAUGUCAUACAGUAAUAUGCUAAAAAAGAAUAUUAAAAAGAAUAAAGACAAAACCUCAGUUAUAUGGGCAAAUGCAGUUGCACAUACAAUAGCCAAGCAACGAAACAACUCACCAGACUCACAGUCCAAUACAAAAUCUACACAAAACAAUCAAUCCAAAAAUACAAUUGACAAAAUUAGAAUAAUCAACCACAAUGUUCAAGGUUUUAACAAUGACAUAAAACUACAAGAAUAUCUUGAAUAUUGUUAUAAAGAAGAGAUCCAAAUUAUUAUUAUGACUGAGACUAAAUUACCACAAUCCACAGCAUCUAGAAAGGCUCUUUCUAAUUCUUUAUAUAAAAUCUACACAGCUAACAAUGAUGUUGACCUUGUAGUGAAUAGAGAGGCAAGCCUUGGUGUUGCUAUUAGCAUUGUACUUUCUUUUAGACAUAUAUUAGAAACAUUAAAACAGUUCCAGGCCUCUCAGACUGAGGUAGCACAAUUUAUCCAACAGGCUAAAGCAACACAUCUAAACCUAAUAGUAGCUGGAGACUUUAAUAGUAAUAUAAAUCGACCAAACCAAUCUAGAGUAGCGUCUAUUAUUACUCAUCUCCACCAAUUUGGCAUGAUUAGCCUCUUAGAGCUACAUGAUAUCACUAAACCAAUAUGGGAACAAAAUAUGAUAAAAAGUCAAAUUGAUAAUAUUUGGAUGAAUUUAGAAAUAGCACUAGCAUUCGAACCUUUUAUAGUAAAACAAGCAGCUAAAGAUAAUAUACCAUUCGCUACCACUGCACCAAAAGUAUUUCAUGCACACUCUUUCAAGGCAACUCAAUUGCAUAGAGGGCUAAAAGUAGCAAAUAAAGCUCUAGCAAAUUUUCAAGUUAGUCUAUCUACCACUCAUGCCAGAAUAUAUGGUACUACAGAUCCAACAAAGUUACGUGAAUAUAGUAAAACAAAAAGCAAACUUGGCUCAUGCUAUACUAGACUCAACACUCUUCUACCCACUAAUAUAUGGACUUCAAAAUAUCAUAAACUUACAGAAACAACAACACAUCCAAAUCAUGAUCACAUUACUGAAUAA